AUGGCUGGGGUGGUGGAGGCGGUGGGCUUGUCCCUGGGGACGCUGGGGCUGCUGAUGCUGGGGGUGACCCUGCGGCACGCCGAGUGGCGCGUCUCCUCCGUCCAUGGCAACGUCAUCACCACGUCCACCAUCUUCGAGAACCUCUGGUUCAGCUGUGCCACCGACUCCACCGGCGUCUACAACUGCUGGGAGUUCCCCUCCAUGCUGGCGCUGUCUGGGUACAUCCAGGCGUGCCGGGCUCUGAUGGUGACAGCCCUGCUGCUGGGCUUCCUGGCCUUGUUGUUCGGCAUCGUGGGGCUGCGCUGCACGCACGUGGCCCACCACAACCCCCGCCUCAAGGCCAACAUGGCAGCCGGCGCUGGGGCCAUGGACGUCCUGGCCGGCCUGUGCGGGAUGGUGGCCGUGAGCUGGUACGCCUUCAACAUCACCAAGGACUUCUUCGACCCGCUCUAUCCGGGCACCAAGUACGAGCUGGGUCCAGCCCUCUACCUGGGCUGGGCCGCGUCCAUCCUCUGCAUCCUGGGAGGCCUCAGCCUCUUCUCCCAGCGCUGCACCUACUCUGAUGAUGACGUCCCGCCCAGCAACCCACCGCCUUACAAGGCCCCCCAAUCCAUCCUGACUCGGGGGCGCAGCGAUUCGGAUGACAACAGCGGCUUGGCCAAGUACGGCAAGAACGCCUAUGUGUAGGACGCCCAUGGCAUCCGGGUGCUUGGCCCCGGGGAGAGGGGGACCAGGAGGAACUGGAAAGGUGGGGGUCCGCCACGCCUGCUCCUCCCGCCCCGGCCCCCCAUGAGACUCCGAGACUCCCCGCCGACGACCCCGACCCCAUCGUGGUAGGGUGGGCCGCAGGCUUUGCGGCACGCCUUCCCGCUCAGACCCCACCUUCCUCCUUGCCCACCAAUAGGCGUCGAGAGAUUGUGGGUAAGUUGAGGCCGAGCCUCUCCCCCUCGGGCCUCGCCCUCCUCCCCUUGCCCGCCAAUCGGCGUCGAGAGAUUUUUGGGGUAGGUGGAGGCUGAGUCACCUGGGUUGGGGAUUUGUGUAAAUAAAAGUUUUUACGAUGCUU